AUGGAUGACAUACAGCACGUUGAAUCAUCAUCGUCUACGUCGACAUCUACGUCAUCAUCACCAACCAUAAGCAACAAACAGUUGGGUGGAAAGACGCUGACAUCAUCGACGAUCCGAAGAAUCAAGAGUUUUAUAAAACCUUCCAAUUCGAAUACGUUCCCAUCUCCAACCAUCAAGAUUAAUGAAAUAUUCCAACACUCGUCGUCGUCGACGGCGCACCUACACCACCACCACGAGAUGGACGGCGCAAGCAGCCCGUCGGUAUCACCCACCAACAACCACAGAAGCAAGUCGUUUUCAACGACUACGUUGGGCAAGUUGACAGCUGGCUCUGGCGACGAUAUUGGCAGCGGUACAGACACGUCGGGUAGCUGUCCGUCGACCACUGAAAAUAGCCUACACAGCAGUAUCAGCAGCGGCAGCGGUAUCAGCUCGGCUGGCUCGUGUCCACUCUCAUCUCACCUUGUCGGCGUCCAUCACGUCGAAUCUUCCUAUACAUCACCCCGCACAUCGAUCUAUCUCCACUCUUCGCCUCAACAACAAUCUCAACAACAACAACAGCUGCACGAGCAAUCUCAACAUCGAAAAACCCCUCCACCCCCUUCACACAAUGGAUCCUAUCUAAAGUAUUUCCUCCCAUCUAUCAACACACCCUCUUCACCACGGUCGAGCAGUAAACGCAACUCGUUUGGUCCUUUGCAGCCCAUCAACCGGUCCAUAUCAGUUGUCAACCUCAAAAACGAGGCACUGCUGACCGAAGAGGAGGUUCUUCCUCUUAAUAAUAAUAAUGUCAUUGACCCAGCUCAUCCAUCCAGCGGACGUGCAUCUCCAACCAUGCUGCGUAGACGUACCCAAAGCGAGGUGACCCUACCAUCGUGGGAGAGUACAUGCUACGAAGGUGACUUUUCAUCCAUCAUCCAAGAAACCUUGUCUCGCGCUCUCUCUCAACCACACGUUCAACUAUCAAUGCUAAAAUCAACCACUUUUGAUGAGUUGGAUUGUCUUGCAAAUGGUUCAAAAAAAUUAGAAGAUACAACAAGUAGUACAUCAACAAGUACAACUAAUACAACAAAUAAUAAUAGUAAUAAUAAGAGUAAAGAUGAUGGGUUGGUAUUUGAUGUUCAUGGAAAUGUAUUGGCAGGUCAAUUGGUAAAAAUUGUUGGUUUAAUGACAGAUAUAUCCAAUUAUACUGGAACACAACAUGUUGAAGAUGUUCUAUACACAUACCACUACUAUAUCAAAGACCAUGAAUUACUUCAACUUUUAUGGGAUCGAUUUAAUGAUCCAUUAGGUACAAAUCCAAUUGCAACUUCUACUUCAAAUAUUAAUCAAAAUCAACAUAUUAACAUAAAUCAACAACAAAAUAAUACUAAUAAUCAAAAUAAUCAAAAUAAUAGUAAUAAUAAUAAUAUUUCAUUAUUGUCAACAUCAUUAUCAUCUUCAGCUGGAUCAUCAUCAUCAUCUUCAUCAUCACCACUUACAGUUAUACAUAAUGGAAAUGGUAGUAUAUUGUCAAGUCUUGCCACACCAACUGUGCUGACUCCAAUGGUAUCUCCCAACGCUUCGUCCCAUUCACUUGGCACCACUGCCAUGCUUCACCACGACUCGUCUUCUUCCUCUUUUUCAUCUACUUCAUCCUCUACAACAACUACCACAACAACUACAACUACAACCACUACGACAACGUCAGAUAAAGAUCUUGAACAAAUGACAAAUCAUAUUAAAUUUAGAGUGAUUAAUGUAUUAAAGAAAUGGGUUGAAGGACAUGGAUAUGAUUUUUCAUCGCCAGCACUCUAUAAAUUGUUUGUACAAUUUUUAGAGGUGAUUAUCAAAUUCAAUGUUAAAUGGGGCAACCAUCUCAAAAAGUCAGUCUCGUCUCACGUCAUUAAAUACCUCAAUGCCCAAAACUUGUCCUCUAGCUCACGUGACUCGUCACAGAGUCUGCGUGACCUCGUACCACUCCACGAUACAGAGACACUGUCGACUAUUAUGAUGCGAGCACUACCACUAAAAGAACGUAAAAAGAAGUUAAAGACUAUUAGAGCGUCGUUCCUAGGUGCCGAGGCAGUUGAUUGGAUUGUACAUCGUUACGAGUUGCAAGUGCGUGAUGAUGCUAUUGACAUUUUACAAAAUAUGCUCAAAGCAGAUUUGAUCCGUCAUCACACAGAGAGUCGUAAAUCAACCGACAAGUUUAAAGACAAGGAUAGCUCUAUCUACUUUUUCCCAAGUAAAGCUGCCGCCGAAGCCCUGGAAAUGGCCAACAAUGACGCCUAUCCAGAGGUACUACUCCCCAAACAACUGCUCCCGACCUCGACCUUUCUCGACGUACAUCCAGUCGAGAUUGCUCGUCAGCUCACCCUCAUAGAGUUUACACUCUAUUGUAAAAUUACACCCUCCGAUCUUCACCAUCAAGCCUGGAACAAAUCAGAUGCUUCAGACAAGGUUCCAAACAUCCAAGCAUUUAUUAAACGUUCCAAUAGUGUUAGUUAUUGGGUUGCUACUGAAAUAUUAUUAGAAAGAAAUGUUAAACAAAGAAUAACAGUAUUAAAAAGAUUUAUAACGAUUGCAGAGAUAUUAUUAAAAUUGAAUAAUUGGAAUACAUUGAUGGGAGUAAUGUUGGGAUUGAAUUUGGGAUCGAUACAACGACUCAAAAAGACCUGGGAGGGAUUACCCAAAAAUAUGUUGGAUUCAUUCGAGUUGUUGACACUACAAACGAGUGCCUCUCAAAACUAUGCCAACUAUCGAAAGGCUAUGGCUGUACAUUCGUUCCCUUGCCUGCCCUACAUGGCCGUCUAUCUUCGUGACCUUGUCUUUAUCGAGGAUGCCAAUCAAGAUAACCUCGACAAUGGAUACAUCAAUUUCACCAAAAUGCAAAUGAUCUCCAAGAUCUUGACCGAUAUCCAUCGUUUCCAAACUGUACCAUACCAUCUUAAAAAAGUCGAUUCCAUUGCUAAAAUGUUACAACAAACUUUAAUUUUAUCUGAUAAAGAUUUGUACAAAGCAAGUAAUAUUUGUGAACAACCAACUCGAACCAUGACAAUGUCAACUUUAAACACAAAAACACUUGAAAGAAAGAAAUCCUUCUUUCCAACAUUAAAAAAAGGAAAAGAGGCAUUAUAA